UUCUUAUCGUGUACAAUGAUCCUUCAAUACCUGUUUCAGGCGUUUGUGCAUGUUUCCACUGCGUUCAGUCAAUGCCAUCGGGAAACGGAGUGUGUAACGGAAAAUUUCUAUCCUAGUCCUUAUACCGAGGCAGAAAUAGAGGCACUCCUACGGUCUGCUGAUGAUUACACCAUAGCUUGUCUUACUAGUCAGGUUUUAAACAAAUCGCCAAACACGUAUGUUUUGACGAAAGCUAUGGCAGAGGAUAUGAUUCGUAAAAGAUUAGACUCACUGCCAAUUGCAGUCUAUCGACCGUCUAUUGUUAUGAACACUAAUGUGGAACCUGUCCAUGGUUGGAGCUGCACCUUGCAGAGUGCAGGUGCUAUGAUGGCCGGCUUGGGUUUGGGGGUCUUGAGGAUUCUGAGACGGAUCCCUCAUAAGCGUGCCGAUAUUAUUCCGGUGGAUAAGUGCGCGGCUGCCUUAGUUGCACUUCCAUGGUACAUUCAUACAGCAAGGUGAGGAGAAACAUUUUAAUUACUAG